UAAUCGUCCAUCAUUUGAAGAAACAUAACAGAAUGAAGGAGGUUUAGUUUAAGACCAACUCACCUCCACAAUGCAAAAUCCAACAGUGAUUUUUCUCAGUACCAGCAUCAGAUCAAUGGCAUCUUCAUCCUCCUCUUCUCACUCAGUUCCUGCCUCUAUUUCUCAAUCAUGGAAUUAUGACGUAUUUCUGAGUUUUAGAGGAGAAGACACUCGCAAGGGCUUUGUGGAUCACCUCUACACGGCUCUUCAACAUAAAGGAAUAUACACGUACAAGGAUGACGAAACACUUGCCCGGGGCGAGUCAAUCGGUCCAACCCUAUUGAAGGCUAUCGAAGAAUCACGGAUCGCUGUUGUUGUAUUCUCUAAAAACUAUGCUGAUUCAUCUUGGUGCUUGGCUGAGCUUGCACAGAUUAUAGAGUGCGUGGACAAAAGAGGGCAGAUCUUGAUGCCCAUAUUUUAUUACGUAGAUCCCUCUGAUGUGAGAAAACUUAAGAGGAAAUAUGAAGAAGCAUUUUCCAAACAUGAGAAAGAAAAUAAGGAAAAAGUUGAAUCAUGGAGAAAAGCGCUGGAAAAGGCUGGCAGCAUCUCUGGAUGGACCAUCAAUGACACUAUAAACUCCCAUGAAGCAAAAUGCAUCAGGGACAUUGUUGGUACAAUUUCUUCUAGGCUUUCUUCACUAAAUACAAAUGAUAAUAAAGACCUGAUCGGAAUAGAGACCCGCUUACAAGAUCUGAAAACAAAAUUGGAAACUGGGUCUGGUGGUGUGCGCAUGGUUGGAAUAUGGGGAGUUGGGGGUGGUGGUAAGACUACUCUCGCAUCUGCUGUUUAUAUGGAAAUUUCUCACCAAUUUGAAGCUUGUUGUCUUCUUGAAAAUAUUCGUGAAGAAUCAAGCAAGCAUGGGUUGACAAAGUUGCAAGAAAAAUUUCUAUCACUUGUUUUGAAAACAAAAGACGUUGUGGUAGGGAGUGAGAUAGAAGGAAGAAGAAUGAUACAGAGAAAGCUAUGUCACAAAAGGGUUUUAGUUGUUCUCGAUGAUGUUGAUAAUCUUGAGCAACUUGAGGCGUUAGCUGGAUCCCAUGAUUGGUUUGGUGAGGGGAGCCGGAUAAUAAUCACUACCAGAGAUAAGCAUAUGCUAUCCUCCAGGGCUCACACAAAUAUUUAUGAAGUGAGUUUGUUACUACAUUAUGAGGCAAUCAAGCUCUUCAAUAGACACGCUUGUCAUAAAGAUAAACAUGAUGAAGAGUAUGAGAUGCUUGCAAAAGAGGUAAUUUCUUAUGCAGGUGGGCUCCCAUUAGCACUUAAAGUUAUAGGUUCUUUUCUAUAUGACAAAGACAAGGAUGAGUGGAAGAGUACCUUGGCCAAGUUAAAAAGCAUCCCAGAAGAUAAGGUCAUGGAGAGACUCAAAAUAAGUUAUGAUGGACUUGAACCCUACCAGAAAGACUUAUUCUUAGAUAUUGCAUGUUUCAUGAGGAGUUGGUACUCAUGGAUGAUGGAUGAUGCAAUGAAGGUGCUUGAUGCUUGUAAUUUGCACCCUGUUAUAGGGUUAAAGGUGUUGGAACAAAAAUCCCUCAUAAAAGUUUCAAAAGAAGGAUUUGAAAUGCAUGACUUGAUAGAAGAAAUGGCCCACUACAUUGUUAGACGGGAACACCCUAAUAAUCCUGAAAAGCAUAGCAGGAUUUGGAAUAGGGAAGAUUUGGAAGAGCUUUGUGCUAUGGGAGCAGCUGCACCAUCAAUGGAAAAUGAAGUAUUUACUAAGUUGCCAUCUUUUAGCCAUCCAGAUCAAGGUCUAUGUGAUGUUGUUGCAAACAUGAAGAACCUUCGAUGGAUAUUGUGGAAUGAGCAUCCGGCAUCUUCAUUCCCAACAAAUUUUUAGCCAACAAAGCUUCGUUGUCUAAUGUUGAGAUAUAGCGAGCAAAAAGAACUCUGGGAAGGGUGUAAGGUAGGUAAAUAUUGUAGUUUCACAAACCAUAUGCAACUGUGAAAUGAAUCAUAAAAUGAGUUAAUUGCAUUUA